CGGUACUUCCCGUCUUACCUGAGCACGGUGACAGCUACCCACUAGUGCCGAUUGGUCCAAAUUACAACCAUCUAAACAUCUUCAAAAUAGGUACCGAAUCAAUACAAAACAUCCAAAAUUCUACCCCCAAGCCGACAAGGCUUGAACUCGACAUUCAAGAUGGCUCCUGGGCAGAAGAUGUACCCGAGGGCAACAGUAAAGAAGAUUGUCAAGGCUCAUUCAAAAUGCAACGUUAGCAAAAACGUCGAUGUCAUGAUGUUCCUCGACUACGUACUCUUCAUGCAAACACUCAUGAAGGAGGCAGCCAUCGAUGCAAAACAAGCCGGAGAAAGGGGUAUUAGUGCCAGGAGCGUCAAGAAAGCUACUGCGGAUACUCUGGCCAAGUUUAAGGGGUGAAACACAACAAGCCUACAUACUAAAUGUGUUGAAACCACGAAUAACUAACGUAAUCCACGAUAUUCUUCGAUUUGACUAAUGAAGGAUAUGGGCCCGUGGUGCGAAUACAUAUUUGGUGCCUUGCUGUCAUCAACUUGUCUACUUAUUCGGUCUCACGGCAACGUAGAUCAAGUAUACCAGGGGCAUCACAGGGAACCUAGCUUUCAAACAGACAGAAUGGGGUGAAUAGCAACAGUCAAUUUUGGUAGUAAAGAUGCUGUAUGCAUACUCAACCUUACGUAUAACAUUCUCGUAUGUAUAUUGACAAACUCUGGCGCGAUUCUUGCCUCGAGCUUGAAGCACUAAGAACCAUAUCAAUUAUGAUAAUACCCGAGGCAGCUGUAUAUACACAACUAAAUCAUGAAAGGAAGCCAAUGCAGAUUGCCUCUGGUAGUGUUGAAGUUCA